UUGAAUCAACCGACCAUAAGGUUUCAGGUGACUGUGCUUGUCCGCGAUGUGAACGAUCACUCACCUGUAAUCCAUAAUUCUGAACAACUCAGUCGCCUUACCGUAUCCGAGGACGCUCCUAUCAACACCACUAUUACGAUACUGAGUGUCAGUGAUGCUGAUGAAGGUGGAACGCAGUCGAUCUCACUGGAUGCAAAUCACAGGCUCUUCCGUGUCACCGAUGAGCAGAAAUUAGUUGUAGCCGAGAAAUUGGUCAACUAUACUGGAGAACGGCUCUGUUCCAAUAUUACGGCCACCGACUCCGGCUCUCCGCCUCUCUCGGUAUCAUAUCCCUACUGCGUUACCGUAUACCCAGCGUCCAACAACCACAAUAGUCCAAUCAUUGGUAUGUUUAUGAAAGAACAUAUAUAG